AUGUCGUUGUCAGAAGCGUGCAAAAGGAAGCGUCUGGGGUCGAGUGCUCUGAGUAUGCCACUACAACAAAUGGUGCUUACACAGUCAGCCGUUGUACCACAAGAAUCAUCGUCAUCAAAUCAAGAUGCUUCAGUGAUUCAGUCAUCUUCAAAUACCUUGCAACAAAACUUGUUCAACGAACCUAAACUUCCAUACUGUUUGCUGUGUGAAGGAGUGUUUGCAACGAUCGGAACGCGAGAUGCUCAUUUGAGGAAGCAUGAAGAGCAAUGGAAGGAUUGUCCCGUAUGUCAGAUGGAACGUGUCACGCAUGAAGUUACCUCUCAUGAAGAACUCUUCCAGCACGUCAUUGCAAAGCACUCACGUCGAACUGUUUCUGGACAGGAAGUAACGAUGAUCUGUUCGCUGUGUUAUACGUGUCUGAAGAGCGAUUCGUCGCAAACACUUCGUCGCAUUGAAGAGCAAAUAUUUCGACAUAUCAUUUAUAUGUGCAAUACAGUGGAUCGUUGCUUUAUUUGCAAUAACGGCCGUACAAUUCAACCGGAUGACCUGAAGAAACAUCGUAAGAAGCAACACAAUCAUCUCUAUGAAAGAUUUGGAUGUUCGGCAUGUCCGAAGAAAUUCUUCACUCACGGUGACUACUCGGAACACAUCUGUAAUCUUCGAAUUCAGUGUGCGUGCGGUGCACGCGACGAGUUCUCGGAACGUGAAUAUGAGAAACAUUUCAAGACACAUCUCAAUUUUGUGGGCGAUUUUUGUCUUCUUUGCAACAAAUAUCUCGCAUCGAAGCAGCAGCGAUACACACACGCCGGUGUUCAUCGACUUGCUCGUCCAGGUGAUCGCCGUGAAAUUGAUCUGAACCAUAAAUCGCGUCUGUCCUCGUCACGUACUGCGUCAUCUUCACUGAUCAACGCACCAUCGGUCGCGCAGUCGGUAUGCAGUUUCCGAAAUUUGCUGUCCGAAACGAUGUCGGCAACGCAGUCAAUCGUUUCGCAGUCAAUGCCCGUACCGAACACCUUCCUGGCAAAUGUGCGCAUGGAAAGCGAUAACUCACAAACAGCACCCAUUUGCGAACGCUCUCAUGCAACUUUGCCCAGAAUCAAUAUCUCAAAUGAAACAAACAAAGAGGCAGUUAACGGUGUUGUGGAGCGAUUGGUGAAUGAAGUUGCUGGUGAGGCGGAACAAUUUGAUGAAGAAAGUCAGCGAACAUCGUCAUCGAGCUCAACCUCGCCACGAUCCACUCCACCACCACAACUCAACGACGAACGACAGCAAACAACGAUGCAGCACCUGAUCGAAUCAACACAAGCGAGAAGGUCACAACUCAACCCGAGCAAUAGCGGUGAUGUGAUCCUUAUCCUUCAGAUGCCACCACCAAAUGAUUGCCAACAGGUAUCGUCUGAUCAACAAAUAUCUUAUCACACGAUUGUACAAGCACUGGCAACCGGCGGUACGAUACAACAAAAUGCUCCAACAAUUGUAGGAAGUUGCAGUAAUGAUAAUAAUAGUAAUAAUAAUAACAAUAACAAUAAUAAUAAUAAUGGUGAUGAUGACGACGACGACAUUCAAAUUAUUGAAGAUGAUGAGGCGGUUAUGGACAAACAGACAAAUACAAAUACGGCUCAUGAUACUGGAGAAAAGACUGGUCAUGCAGAUGAUUCAGAACAAAAUGAUGGAGUUGUUGUGCAGAAUGCAGAUGUUGUUGAUGAGAAUGCGAUAACAGCUAGUGAAUCGUUGCAUUUGGAAGAGAUUCAUGAUGAGGGAGAUGAUGAAGUGCAAGCGGUGGCUGCUGGCAAAGGACUCGGUAUUGAGAAGGCCAAGAAGCGAGAGCCAAAAAUUGUAUGUCCACACUGUACAGCUAAAUUCGUAACGCAUGUAGCACUCGAAGCACAUUCGGCGUCGCAUCGAUACGAUGCUGGCAAUACCAUCGAAGAGGUGCUUGGUGUACCGCUCAAAGAAACAGUUUAUAUAUGUCGUUUAUGCUGUCUAGCGUACGAAUCGGAGACGGUUUAUGGGCGUCAUAUGCAAACGCAUGGUCAGUUACAGAACUGUCCAUACUGUUCAAUGGUAGCUUUUAAUGAAGAUCAAUUACAACAACAUCUACAGCAGCACACGAACGCAGGACAGUGUUUGACGUAUGCGUGUUACCGUUGUGCGGAUACAUACAGCUCGGAUGAACGUCUCUAUCAUCACGCGAUGCGAAGACAUCAAUUGAUGUUGAUGUAUUACUGCAAGAAUUGCGGUAUUGGUUCGACUGAUGGGAAAAUAGUUUACAAUCAUAUUGUGCGUCACGCGUGUGUGUCACAACAAGCAGCAUUGUCGUCAGCAUCGAAAUUGGGUGUUGCACCCGCAUCGAUGUUCCAUUAUCAGCCACUUAAAGUGAAACAGUACGAGGACGCAGUUAGCAAAUCGACUUUGUCCGUUGUUACACCGUCCGACUGCAUACAUCGUUCAUUUCUGAUUUCGCAGAACGAACACAUUCUUAUCACAUGCCCACUGUGUUAUUGCCUCGUUGGUUUUAUUCUUAUUAUUAUUAUUAUAUUAUUGUAA